CCACCUCAGGCUCGGUGGGUGAGGGUUUAUUUUUCUCAGCGCUGUAAUCGCUGUGCAGAUUUCGAACCCCUGAUCGGCGAAGUUUAAAAAAAUAUGCGGCUUAAACCGCGCGAAAUCGGGAGCUGGUUUGACGCUUUGGGUCUUUUGGAACAGCGGCAAAAAGCUGCCGAUCAUGAGUUUGACAGCUAUCUGCGGGAUAUAUUGAAAGACGGCUCAAUACUCUGCCGUUUGGUGAAUCGGUUGAAGCCAGGGACAAUAAACAAGAUCUACCAGGAACCACUUUCCGAAGAGGAGCGCUUGGAGAACUUCAGCUCAUUUCUGAUCGCCUGCCAAGAUCUGCAACUGAAAGACAACGAGAUUUUCACUCCGAACGAUCUCGACUCUGAAGAAGGGUUCCUUCGUGUUCUACGGACUCUUGACUGCCUUGAAAAUGUGGCCAACGGAUAUGGCAUGGGAAAGCAGUUUACUCAUCAUGAAGUAACCACUAUUGAUUCAGCACAAGAGUCAGAAAAAGAAGUUGUUGACGACACAAGACACCUUGAAAUGACAGAUUAUGGAGUUGAUAUCCACCUUGUAAAAGCAGCCUUUCCAUUCAAUGGAAGAGAUGAAGAUGAGCUCUGUUUUGAGAGAGGAGAUAUUCUGGAAGUUACAAAGGCUGUAGACGGAGGAUGGUGGGAAGGAAACCUAGAUGGCAAAGUUGGAUGGUUUCCUAGCAACUAUGUGAAAGAGAUAUCAGCAAGUCCUGAACCUACAACACCAGUCACUCCCCAGCCAUCAUCAUCAUCAUCAACAAGCAGAAGGGAAAGUGCAAGGGUCUACCAUAACUUGGUCGUUCAAAACAUAUUGGACACUGAGAGAGCUCAUGUUAGUGAACUACAGGCUUUAUUACAAAAUUACUUAAAACCCUUACAGGCUUCAAACACAUUACCAGCACAAGACAUGAAGGUUCUUGCAGGAAACUUUGAGGAGAUUGUCCAGUUUCAGCAGAUGUUUUUCAAUAUCAUGGAUGAAUGUGCACAACUUGCCUUACCUCAACAAAGAAUGGGGGCUAGCUACUUGCAGAUUGCUCCUCAGAUGAAGGAAUUGUAUCUGAUGUAUUGUGCAAACCACCCUAGAGCAGUUGAGGUCUUAACAAAAUACAGUGAUGAGCUAUCAGCCUUUAUUGAAAGCAAAGGAGCACCAGCACCUGGAAUACUAACUUUGACGACAAGCCUCAGCAAUCCUUUUAGACAUCUUGGCAAGUACCCAAAUCAUAUGAAAGAACUGGAGCGCCAUCUUGAGGAGGGACAUGUAGAUGAACUGGAUACUAAAAAGGCCAUUGCUGUGUUUCAGAACUUGACUACCAGCUGCCAUGAAACUAGAAAACGAAAAGAAACAGAGUUAGAAAUGCUUACAGGAACUAUAGAGGGAUGGGAAGAAGAGGACAUAAGCAAACAGGGCGACCUCAUUUUGAUGUCACAGUUUUUGAUACAUGGAGAAAAUGGGGAGGUCAGAGAGAGAUCCUUUCUGCUGUUCCCAAACUGUAUGAUUAUCCUAUCAGUAAAUGCCAAUGCAUGUGGCUAUAAAUUUGAGAAAAAGUAUGGCCUAUCAGACUUAACCAUACGUUCACUAGAAGAUUCGGAAGGCAUUCUGAAUGCUUUUGAGAUAAAAGGCAAUGGAGAUGUCAUGAAGCUUUCUACAAACCAUCCUCAUGAGAAGAAUGCCUGGCUUGAUGCAUUUCAACCGCCAGGGCAAAGUUCAAGGAUUCGGCAACACUCAGAGAAAGGCAGUGUGACUUCACCAUCCCCAUGGGUGGAGAGAAAUCCAGGGUCACUGUCAGAAAGAACUUAUUCAAAGUCGAGCCCUCCCCGAAGUGACUCUAUUGGAUCACCACCAAAUUCAGCCACACCCAAGGGUUCUAUAAGCACCUCUGGUGUACACUCACAGUCUUCUAGUGAUGGUUCCAAGUUCCGUUCUGUAUCGACGUCACAUUCGGUAGCUACUGACUUGACUGCAUUCAGCUCAGCCCCUCACAGUCCAAACAGAAAAGGACGCUGGGAUUUCACCAGGCUUAGACCCACUCCACCCCUGAGACCAGCAUAUGCACUGAUCGCUAAGGAGGAUACAUCUACAGCACAUCGAUCUAUGAGGGGCCUGCUUUAUUCAUCAAGAAAGAAACAGGGUUGUCUUACGCUUAAUCCUCUUACAUCUUUCAAAUCUUGCACUUCGGAUUGCCGGUCAAAGAGUGAACUUGAUGAUGAAAGAACCAACAGUACCUCAGGAAAUAGCCGUGUACUAGAGGAAGACAUGCUUAUUCUCCGAGUUGUGGAGUCUUACUGUACAAGUGCAAGAGCACGGCAUACUCUAAACAGUAGUCCAAUCCUUCCAGAACUUCCCGCUCAUCGACCGCCUUCAACAUUCAGUUUAAAAGAAGAUGGGCAGAAAUCAAGAAAAUCAAAGAAAAAGUUUAAUAGGGAUGUCGCUGGUGAAUUUAACUGUCUUAGAAGAAGAGUGGAAGAACUUCAGCUCGAAACUGAGUCCCUUCGCCAGAGUUUGCUCGAAGAGAAAACCGCUCGGAAAAAGAUGGAGAAGUUCAUCCGGUGUUCCCUGAAAGGAGUGAUUCCAGAUGUUAAAUGGGAGGAUAUGGAGAAAAGUUAACACAAAUUUAUCUGUUGUAGUAUUUCAUAACUGCACCAAUUGCUUAAAACGUUUUUAAAAUAUUAAUUAAAACAUACUCAACACUGCACUAAAUUUUUUUAACUUUCAUCUUUUUAUGGGUAAUGCUUCUUUUAACCAGUAAGUUAAUAUUCUAAAACUGUUAUUUCUGUUCUAGGACGUCAUUCAAACCUGACACCUUGUCUGUGAAAUUCUUAGGAGGUUUAGAAUAGUUCAUAAUUAUAUGGUUCUUGUAUAUUUUUUACAACGUAACAUGACUUUGGUAUUUCUAAAGAAUUUCAAGAGUGAGUUCCCUAUCAUGAAGGAUAAGUUUUUAAACAAAGAAAAAAAAUUUCUCGAUUAGUUUUCUACAGCCCAUGUUUGGUGAAAUUAGUGCUGUUUAUCUUAAUUUGGUGUAAAUAUAGUUUCGUUAUUACUGAGUCGUCUCUAUAUCUGUGUGGUAGUUAGGUUAAAGAGAUAAUAUCUAUAUCUUAAAGCACCAGAUAAUAAUAUAUUACAAAUAUUUCUAAUUCUGUCAUACGGCGCCCUUACAUUGGAUUACCAAUUUAAGAGCAGAUCCCAGACAAACUCACUGGAAUUGAAAUCAACUUAGUUCGUAACGGCCAUUUUGAGUACAUGGUCAGAAUGUGCCGUGUCUGGAAACUAGCCCGAAAAUUUGUACCACAACGAAGAAUUUAAACGCUCACUGAGGUCUUUCUUUCGGAGUUCCAAGUGGUUAUUGGCUGAUUUCUCUUCUUCAUACUAUUCCGCCUAACGUAUAUGUCUGCACCUAGUACUAACUGUGAGUUCGUCAAGUUUCUUAAAUGUCUAAUCGAAUGCAAGGGUGCUGUUGCGAUGUUUGCGCAGCAACGGCAGGAGGUAACUCUUAUCGUUUUAUUCGGUAUGAUGUAUGGCUGUGAAGCUUUGUUCAUUUUACCAUAUUGCGCCUUGUUAGAAAUAACUUCGUCUGUUAGUUGAAUGUAAAAUCCUUAGGCUUUCUUUUGUUUGGGUGACACUGAAUUGGAGGCGAUGUUUUUACCUCUUUGUUCGUGAUGAUAUAUUGUGAUAGUCAAUCUUAUGAUAAAGACCCGUUCUAAAAAAUGUUGCUGGACAAAAAUAUACCAGAUAGAUAUCUAUAGUGGUUUGAA